GAAUGAAUCAGUUUGUUACCGUACGCGAGAUACAUUGGAUAUCGUGAAAUGGUGAAGUAUACACUUUUACACAAGCCUAGAUUUUCAGGAUGGCCGACGAUACCGCGUCAACUAAAGAUCAUCCUGGCUAUUACUGUUUUCACAGCAGCGUCAUUUUUCAUUAUAGCACAGUCAUCGACAAGAGCCAAACUAAUAGAACUUUACAACCUUCAAGAAUCCCUAGCUGUGAUUUUUGAUCUCGAACUGAAAUACAUGCCAGAUAUAGAAAUAAAUGAAUUAUGGUUACCAGUUGGUGUUCCUCAAGGACACAUUUAUUCGGCUUACUUAGAUAUGCGACCUGAGGUCGUAUUGAAUUACAAACACCUAAACUACAGCAGAGAGACGACCUGGGCUGAAAUUCGAAUAAUCGCGGUACUCGAUUUAGAACGAAAUGACAAACCACUCAUGUGCCACUACAAAUAUAAAAAUGAUGGCACUACUGAUUUCGUUUUUGAGCGCCGCCCAGCGACAAAAGUCAAAGCCAUGGACGAAAAUUGGAACCUGAAAUAUUCAGCAUUUUUCGUCUUGUGUGAUCUAACCUUACCAAAACAUCUGGACUACGCUACAUUGUACAACAAGAAUCAUUUUCCAGUAGGUGUGACAAUUAGCGAGGACCGCGGUGUUGAUAAUGACGAGUAUACAGGGAAACCAGAAAAGGUUCCAUUUGUAAAUAUCACUUAUCCAAUGAGAGGCACCAUUCAUUAUUAUGAGAAUGACAUGUUUCUAUCGGUAUGCGUACCUGCUCUUCAUUCAAACUACAAUCGGGCACUUUUUUUUGUCGAAUUUAUCGAGUACUAUUUAAUGAUGGGCGCUGGACACUUCACAUUCUACAAUAGUUCGGUAUCACCGGAAGUGAACAAAAUUCUAGAAUAUUACACGAAUAAUGGAAUCGCGACAACUCUGCAAUGGAAACUUCCGCCAUAUUAUAUUUACGAGAAGACACUUCGCGAUGAAGGAAUCUUCGCGGCACUCAAUGACUGCAUGUAUAGAAGUUCUUAUUACAGAAAUUAUAAGUACGUCGCUGGUGUUGACGUUGAUGAAUUUUUGAUUCCUCGUGUUCACAACAAUUUUUACGAAUUGAUGAGAUAUUUGGAUCCUGAGGAACCUGAACGUCCACGCAAUAGGCACGCAUCCUUCCUUUUCAGGAAUGCAUUUUUUUACACGAUCCAUGAUGACGAUCUGGUUAACAAGGAUACGAGUGUGCCCUACUUGUACACUCAAGCAAAAACUCAGAGGGUAAAGACCAUCAAUGAACCUCGAUAUAGGAGCAAGUACAUUGUUCGUAGUCAGGACGUCGUCGAGCUCGGAAAUCACAACGUUUGGGAAUUUCGAAAAGGAUUCGAUGAAGUCGCAGUGGACACUGAUAUUGCAUUAUCUCACCAUUACCGUUACUGCGAAGGUGACACAGUUAAAUGCUAUUUGACGAAAGUGACGGUCGACAAAACGGCGCACAGAUUUACAAAAAAAUUAGGACAGAAAGUUCGUAGUUCUUGUCAAAAUAUAUUUGGAUCGGCUGGUUGUCCUAAACCUACGGAUUAACUCUUAGCAGUCCUAUGUCGAAUGUGAUUGAACAACCAUUUUAUUCUAGUAGCUUCAAUCAAAAUAAUUAAAGGUGCUUAAGAGGGGAGAGUGAUAAUCUUUAUCGGAUUAUCGAAAAUAUCAUGAAAAUAUUUGAUACUGUUUUUUGGUAACACAAAGAGAGAAUUAAUAAUAAUAUUUGUGAUAAGCCCUAUAAAUGUUCCGAUACGCGAAGAUAUAAAAAUUAAUAUAAUGUAAAUGAUAAUUUACAAAUAUUUUUUCGACGAAUAAUAAUGACAGGCAAUAUCGACAGUCUCUUACUCACUUGUUACGUGAAAUUUCUUGUAUUCAUAAAAAAACAAUAAAUAUCCAAAUUUGAUUUCGUAA